CAAAGCUAUUUAUAUUAAAAUGAGCUCUUACUUCGUCAACUCCCUCUUCUCCAAGUACAAAACCGGAGACUCUUUGCGCCCCAACUUCUACGACUGCGGGUUCGCCCAGGAGCUCGGCGGCAGACCCACCGUGGUGUACGGGCCGAGCACGGGGGGCUCCUUCCAGCACCCCUCCCAGAUCCAGGAGUUCUACCACGGGGCCUCCUCUCUGUCCAGCUCGCCUUACCAACAGAACCCCUGCGCCGUGGCGUGCCACGGCGACCCGGGCAAUUUCUACGGCUACGACCCCUUGCAAAGGCAGAGCCUCUUCAGCGCCCAGGACUCCGACCUGGUGCAGUACCCGGACUGCAAGCUCGCCUCCGCCGGCCUGGGAGAAGAGGCGGACAAUGCGGAGCAGAGCCCUUCCCCGACGCAGCUCUUCCCGUGGAUGAGACCGCAAGCAGCCGCUGGACGGAGGAGAGGAAGGCAGACAUACAGCCGGUAUCAGACCCUGGAGCUGGAGAAAGAGUUCCUUUUCAAUCCUUACCUGACCCGCAAGCGGCGGAUCGAGGUGUCGCACGCCCUGGGACUGACCGAGCGGCAAGUGAAAAUCUGGUUUCAGAACCGGAGGAUGAAGUGGAAAAAGGAGAACAACAAAGAUAAGUUCCCCAGCAGCAAAUGCGAACAGGAGGAGCUGGAGAAGCAGAAAAUGGAAAGGGCGCAGGAGGUGGAAGAGGGCGGCGAAGCACAGACGGGGGAGAAGAAGUAGG